AUGUCCGCAGAAGGCGAAUCCAGCGAAAAGCAAUCUCAUCGAGGAGUUCCAACGAUGGAAUUGAUCGAGGAUGUUUCCACCUGGUUGGCCAAAGAAAAAAUGUCGCCCGAGGAGGCUGAAGUAGUGCUACGCGAGAAGUACAGCAAGUACAAAUACGUCGAAAGCAGUAUGAACGCGCAAAAAGCAAAAUACGUCGAAAAACUACCAGAGUUCAAGAACAGUUUGGAAAUAAUCAAGAUACUUCUCGAAAAGAAGGAAAAAGAAGAACCCUUUGAGACAACUUUCCUCCUUUCCGAUGAUGUCUACACAAAGGCAACAGUACCAAAGCCCGAGAAAGUGUCAGUUUGGCUCGGAGCUAAUGUAAUGGUCGAAUUUGAACUCGAAAAGGCCCAAGCUUUAUUGGAGAAAAAUCAAAACACUGUCCAAACGAUGAUCAAUGACCUUACUCACGAGUUAGCCUUCAUAAAAGACCAAAUCACCACCACUGAAGUGAAUAUGGCUCAUUUGGUUAAUUUUGUUGUGGCACAGAAGAAGGCCGCCUCGGCUGCUGCCGUCAAAGCUUGA